GCAGAGGUACAGCGGCAGUUGGGAUCGUUGCUGGAUCGUUUGUCUGCAGCAGUGAGUGUGUACCUGCGCCAAUUCCUGCUCCAGUACCUGAGCGUCCCGGACGAGGGGCAGGGGAUCCUGGACUUCGAGGUGGAGGGCAGGGUCAUUCCGAUCCAUGGCCAAGGCUGGGGCAGCGAGGUCUUCAACUCCACCGGCGGGUGGAGAGGAAGAGAGCGCUUCAAGGGAAUCUUGGAGGCGCUGGCAGUGGGAGUUCAGCAGCUUCAGGACUUGCAGGCCAAGGCGAUGAAGAAGGAUGGCAAUGCAGAAGAUUCCCCUGAGGUGGUCAAGACGGCUACAGUCGCGCUUCCAGAGCUUGCGCCUCCCUUGAGUGAGACAAGUGGUCUUCAGUUGCAGGAUUGGUUGGUGCAAAUUACUACGUCAAUGCAGGAUCUUUCAUCUGGGUCUGGGGACUGGUGGGAGUAUGUGAGGGAGAUGGUUACAGAAACCUACGGGCGAUGGCUUGCAGCUACUCCACUAGAGCGUCUACAAAUAUUUCCGGUGGAUCAUCAGAGACUUGCCUCGGGACGGUGGACAAGAGUGAAUUUGCGAGCUUGUGCACUGAUGAUGCAAUCGUUCUCGGAGGUCACCAAGGCUGAUCUUAUUGCAAGAAGAUCAACUCAAUCAGCGGUGCUGAUGUUGUUCAGAGUUUACACGAUGUACCAGCCGGGUGGAACUGCUGAACGAGGCGUGGUGUUGAAGUGGCUACAGAGAUGCAAGGACAUGAACAUGACGGUGCCGGACGGUUCAUUGCUAGCCCGGACUCAGUUGGUUCGAUCGACGUAUCGGAUUGACGGGCAGCCCAAGAUCGAGGACGUGGUUCGGUACCAGCAGACCUACGGUGAGGACUAUCACGCCGGGAACAGCGACCUCUACUACUACCUCUCCGAGUGCCAGGGACUGAGCAAAAUGGAACGAGCGAAGAAGUGUUUGUGCUGCGGGGCGGAGGUCGAACCGGAUGGUGAGAUUUCACCGACGAAGGCCAGUGACGGUGCUGUUGCAUCAGGUCAGCCGGUGUUGUCAUGGGAAGCGCUACUCCAAGCAGCAGCCAAGGUGGCAGGAGGAGUACCAGUGUCGGAGCCAAAGGCGCCUUCAAUGAGAGUGAUGAGCAUUCAUGGAGGAUCACCAGCUGGUUUGGAUGGAGAAGCCUAUGCGUUGGUAGAUUCGGGUGCAACACAUCCUCUUCGUCGAGCUCGCACUGGUGAUGAAUGGAAUGAGGCGAAUCCAGUUGUGGUUCAUCUUGCAGGAGGUGAAGUUGUGGAGUUGAGGAUGAAUGCCGCAGGAACCCUGUUGGUACCAGCAACGGGUGCUACCAGAAGAGCGUCGUCGUCUCCUAUUGUCCCACUGGGUUCACUGGUUGGAGUGCUGGGAUACAAGUUGGAGUGGCAUGGCUCCCGCUGCAAACUUACAAGCCGAGAGGAUGAGACAAUAACGCUUCGGGUUCGUGAUGGGUGCCCUGAAAUCACUGAGCGCCAGGCCUUGGAGUUGAUCUCGCGGAUUGAAGACCAGAAGCUUGCAGCAUUACGCUCGGCUACCGCAGCGACAAAGACCAUGGUCAGGGAGUCCGCGAUGUCGCUGAACAAGUCAUGGUUUGAUCACUUGAUUUCCUAUUGCCGCUCUGGUAUCGGCUCGGAAGCUUUGAUGGCGAUUCACUCUGCAUCGUUUUUCCAAGACUUGCCUUCGGAGUCUUUGUAUGGGCUUUCAGAGGCAGACCCUAUAUCCAAUGGGUGGGAUGCACUGCGGGGACUACAGCAUCUGAACAGGAAGACGAGAAAGAAGCUAUGGUCGUCGAAGCAGUGGGUUGCGCACCUCUAUGCAGGAAAGACUCCGAAUGAGGAGGUGAUGUUCCUAGAAAGACAGGGCUUUGCGGUGCUGGAGUUGGACCUUGAGCGGGGAAAGUCACAUGAUGUACGUGAUCCGCUAGUUUGGAGGGCUUUGGAGUGGGCUGCACGAACCGGGAGAAUUGCAUCAAUUAUUGGAGGACCACCCCAGAACACCUUCAUGCUGAGGCGUAAUAUGACCCCGGGACCAGAGCCGUUAAGGAGUCCGGACUGUCUCUAUGGUGGGUGGUAUGGACAAUCAGAGCAGGACGUGCACUUGGUGAAUAAGCACACGGGCUUGUUUGUGAGGAUGAUUUACUUGCACGCUUUAGCCACCGCUGGGAGAUGCACCUUUCCGCCUGAGCCGAACGACGUAAAGGAAGUGGGCUUUCUGUUGGAGCAGCCUAGAGACCCGAGAUCCUACAUGUUGUUCACAGAUCCGUUGGCGAAAGAUUCCGUGAGUUUCUGGAGGACGGGUUUGUGGAUUCAGUACAAGGAAGAAGCUGGCUUGAGCACGUUUAGCUUCGACAUGUCGUCUUUGGGAAAGGCUUUGUCGCGACAGACCACGGUCGGUACGAAUCUCCCUCUCCGGCAUCUACAUGGAUUGCGUGGAAGGAUACAACGAGAUGCGCAGCCGGCAGUAAGAGCCCCGCCGUCAGUGUGGACCAAGGAGUUCUCGGAGGUGGUGUCUAUUGCAGUCAGGGAGCAGAGGUUGUCGGCGAGGAUGUUACGGAUGUCGGCGGAACAAUGGAAGGAACAUGUGAGAAGAGGUCACUUGCCUUUCCGCCCUGACUGUAUGACCUGUGUGACAGCGGGGGCAACUGGUCGUCGGCAUGCUCGCGUAGAACAUCCUAGCUGUUUCGUACUUUCUGCAGACGUGUCUGGGCCACUCAAAGUACCAGGGCUAGACGCAGAUGCGCGAGGAGCCUUCCCGAAGCCUUACAAGUACAUGUUCGUUGCCAAGCUCACUAUCCCAAAGACGUUUGUAGAUGAUGGCAGAGGUGAAGAUGCUUUCGAUUACGAAGACUCCCAAGAACCAGUUGGUGAUCCUGCACCUCCGGAUGGCGAAGAGUUACCAGUCGAUGGCGAGGUAAGGAUUGUGGCUUGUGGUAACAUGAUGGCAGACAGCGGUGAAGAGACCUAUGCCGGGGCGGCUCCGGCCGAAGUGGUGCGAUCCUCAUUGUCGGUGGCAAGUUUGAAUGGUUGGGAUGCUGCAGUCCUUGAUGUUACAGCAGCGUUUCUUCAGACUCCGUUGAGUGAAGUUCAGUGUAAGCAGAGGAUUCUUGGACAGCCACCGCGAGCUUUGGUGAGAGCGGGUCUAUGUGGAGAAAAGGAACUAUGGGAGUUUACGCAUGCCGUAUAUGGCCUCAGAGAAUCUCCUCGCUGGUGGGGUGAAUUCAGGGAUGAAAAAAUGGCCCAGCUGAACAUCGUCGUCGGGGAAAAGAGAAUCAAACUGCUUCAAUGCCGUGUUGAAGGGAGCUGGUGGAGACUAUUGGACGAUACAGUUUUGGUUGGCCUGGUUGUUAUUUACGUUGACGAUUUGCUGAUUUGUUCUACUCCGGACAUUAUCAAGGCGGUCUCAAGGGCAGUGAGGAAGUUGUGGGACACCAGCGAAUUGUCGUGGGCCUCCGAUGGUGGCAUACGAUUCUUGGGCAUAGAGAUCGUGAAGGUUGAUGAUGGUUUUGCAUUGAAUCAGGAGCCAUAUAUCCGAGAACUGACGCGGAUUCAUUCAAUACCAGCAACCAAGAGAGACCUGAUCCCGGUCGCGAAGGAGCAGGCCUCGUUCGUGAUUGAGCCCGAGGAAGCAGUUUUCACGUCGGAUGAGCUGAAGGCCGCUCAGCAACUGGCCGGUGAGAUAUUAUGGUUGGCGCAGCGUACGGCGCCAAGACGCUCCGCAGCAAUUGCCAAAAAAUGUAUUGGCUUCCUCCAGGGCACGUCCAAGCAGCAUUUAUGGAUCCGAGCGUCCUCCAAGGAGCUCAUCGCUUGGACAGACAGGCGCCUAUUAACUGGCGAUCUGCGGCGAUCUGCUCGCCAGAGCACGAUAACGCUGUCGACGGCUGAAAGCGAGCUUGCUGCCAGUGUGGAGGGAGCAUUGGCUCUUCUCAGCGCGGAAGCGCUUCUCUCCGAGCUGAACCUGGGCAAGAUGCGAUCGAGGCUGCGUACCGACAGUACCUCGUCUGUAGCAAUACAGCGAGGUUCAGGCUCGUGGCGAACACGACAUUUACGAAUAAAGGCAGGAUGGAUCUACGAACGACUGCAAGCAGAGGACUUGGAGCUGGAGCAUUGGCCUGGAGAUUUACAGUUGGCAGAUAUGUUGACAAAGCCUCUUUCGUCUAUCAGGUUGCGUUCGUUGGCCCAGAUGACGGGACUCAUGCCGCUUGAGGAGAUCCUGACUGAGCUGGGUAAGCAGCAGCACAGCACUUCUUCCGGCAGCAGCAGCGCUUUGGCCCCUAGUUCCCAUGGGUUUAAGGUUUUGGUUGCAAUGAUGGUGUUGUCGCAGGCAGUCGUUGGAAGUGAGGCAACCGAGCUGACUGUGUAUGAGCCAAUAGUAGUUGACAGGACCUUGUUGGCGUGGUGUGCUUUUGUGGUGGUUGCUUUGCUGUGGACUGCGGCUUGGGAGCUGAUUGUGUUCUGUCUUGACCAGACUUCUAUGUCAGAAAGGCAGUUUUGUCAAUGCAUGGUCCGACGUUUGGGCUUUCAGGCAAGGCUACGAAGUAUGCGCCUUGGGCCAUGA